CUGAAAGUUGAUGUUCGACAGUGAGCUGUGCUGUUCAUAAUGCAUUGUUAGGGUUUAUUACUACUGCCGCGUCUACUCUUUACAUACUGGUCAGGCAGGCGGGCAGGCCCUAACAACAGAGAGAGAUCGGAGCAACAGAGAGACAUCGGAGUAGGAGGAGCAAUGGCGAGGAUUAAGGUACAUGAGCUGAGGCAGAAGUCGAAAGCGGAGCUUUUGGCUCAGCUGAAAGAUCUGAAGACGGAGCUCGCUUCUCUCCGAGUCGCCAAGGUCACCGGCGGCGCCCCCAAUAAGCUCUCCAAGAUUAAGGUGGUGAGGAUGUCAAUUGCUCAAGUGUUGACUGUGAUUUCCCAGACGCAGAAAGCUGCACUAAGGACAGCUUACAAGAACAAGAAGUACUUGCCCCUUGAUCUACGUCCCAAGAAGACCAGAGCCAUCCGCAGACGCCUCACUAAGCACCAGGCAUCUUUAAAGACAGAAAGACAGAAGAAGAGAGAGAUGUAUUUCCCUUUGAGAAAGUAUGCUAUUAAGGUUUAAUUAUUACGGGGUAUUAUAAUUAUUACGUACCUAGUGAGUUGUUUAGCUGAACUUGGACGAUGCUGCUUUGUCCCUUAAUUUUUUGCAUGGGUUAUUGUUUUUAUUUUUGUUUUGACAAGCAUACAGGACCAAUGGUGGAAUGUGUUAGUUUUGUUUUUGCUUCCCAAGAUUGUCUAGCAUUUAGACUAUUAUUAUUGGAAAAUACUACCUCCGUCCCAAAUUGAGUUGCAAAUUUGACUUUUUUUUAGUCAAAUAAUCUCGUUUUGUUCACUUAAUUAGGAUGCCGAUUUUUAAUUCUAUUCUAAUUUGGAGUUUAUAACUUUGAAGAGAUUUUAAUGUAGUUUUUGAAUAUGUAAAUUUCAAUUAUUAAAAAUUGAAUUAGUUAUCCAUAGAGAUGGUUGACUUUAAUUAUUGGUUGACAAAAAAAUGUUGACUUUGCAAAACAAAUUAGGACGGAGGGAGUAUAUAGUUAUCAUUUCUCUCUCUGUUGAAUGCGUAUUAUCCAUGCCCGUCUAUGCUCUACUAUAGUCAUGGUCUCAUGGACCAGGUUCCGGGUCGGGCCUAGGCCCGGCCGGGUUUUUGAGUUUUGGGGGAAGGCUCGGAACCGACCUGGGUUUCCACCAGGCCCGUGCCGGGUUCGGGUUGGGCUAGUUCUAUGAUUUCUUUUGCUUUUGUAAGUAACCCUCGACCCCCCCCCCCCCAAAACACCCAUUCCAACUCAGGAAAAAACCCAAAAAACAGAAAGAAAAAAAGAGACCCG